AUGUCAUCUUCAUCCCCUUCGUCACCAACAACGUCACAAUACGAGCAAUACGUUGCGGAAGAUGUGGCAUAUCACAAAGCCUCAACGCCCUUAUCAGAGAUGCCUUCGUGCACCGACAUGUUUGACAAGUGGGCGCAGUGCUUUGCGCUUGGGCCACAGCUCAAAGCGGUCUACCGAUACGGAGGCAUGCAAGACUGCAAAGGCAAAUUGGAUGAUUUCAAGUACUGCCUGACCAUGAAGGGAAUGUCUCAAGAAGAGAAGUACGAGGCUUGGAUUAAACGGAAAGCGGAGAAGACUGCAGAGAAGAGAAUGGGACGCGAGAGCGCAGAGAAUGUGUGGGAGAUUCGACGCGAUCCCAACGAGGCAAUCAAGUCCAAGGCCGGUGCAAGCGGGACGAUUGUUUGA